GGUGGCGGCGGUGGCGGUGGUCGUAACGGUGGCGGAGGAGGCGGGUACGAAUCAGCUGCGGGCGGAGACAUGGCCAACAUCGCGGUGCAGCGAAUCAAGCGGGAGUUCAAGGAGGUGCUGAAGAGCGAGGAGAGUGAAAAAAAGACUCACUUUUCUCUGAAUUACAAUUUUGGGGGAAUGAGGACAGAGACGAGCAAAAAUCAAAUUAAAGUAGAUCUUGUAGAUGAGAAUUUUACAGAAUUAAGAGGAGAAAUAGCAGGACCUCCAGACACACCAUAUGAAGGAGGAAGAUAUCAACUAGAGAUUAAAAUACCAGAAACAUAUCCAUUUAAUCCCCCUAAGGUCCGGUUUAUCACUAAAAUAUGGCAUCCUAAUAUUAGUUCCGUCACAGGGGCUAUUUGUUUGGAUAUCCUGAAAGAUCAAUGGGCAGCAGCAAUGACUCUCCGCACGGUAUUAUUGUCAUUGCAAGCACUACUGGCAGCUGCAGAACCAGAUGAUCCACAAGAUGCAGUAGUAGCAAAUCAGUACAAACAAAAUCCCGAAAUGUUCAAACAGACAGCUCGACUUUGGGCACAUGUGUAUGCUGGAGCACCAGUUUCUAGUCCAGAAUACACCAAAAAAAUAGAAAACCUAUGUGCUAUGGGCUUUGAUAGGAAUGCAGUAAUAGUGGCCUUGUCUUCAAAAUCUUGGGAUGUAGAGACUGCAACAGAAUUGCUUCUGAGUAACUGAGACAUAGAGCUGCUGAUAUAGUCAAGCUUGCCCCUUCUUGAGGAGCAUCAACAUCUGUUAUUUUUAGGAUUCUGCGUAGAUUUCUUUUAAACUGGCAUUCUUGCCUAAUGAUGUUAUCUAGGCACCAUUGGAGACUGAAAAAAAUCUCUGCUCUGUAAAUAAAGCUAAUUAAACGUCUCUGUAAAUUUAAAAAGGGGAAAUACUUUAAUUUUUUUCUUACUUAAUAGUGUAAAAAUUCUUUGAGCUAAGCUAAAACCAUGGAAAAAACAUGCUACUUUAGUGUUUAGCAGUGUACCAAGACUAGCAAGAGUUUGCUUCAGGAUUUUGUUGAAUAAUUAAGAUAAUAUUUUGAGUGUGUCAGGGCCAUUCAAAUCGUUGGUGUUGCAUCACAGCUACCUUAACUGUUUUUAACAUGGAUCCUCUGUGCCUGUGAAUUUACUUGCAUGCUUGUACUUGACUUCUUAGGGUGGGUAGCUGAAAAGACCACCAUUUUAAGCAUUUGAGAAUUCUUAAAUAUGAGAUUAUUCAGAAUUGAAGAUGGUGACCUAUUCAGAGCCUUUUUGUCCUUGUCAGCAGACUGGGACACCAUAUCUGUUUUUCCCCUCUUACCACACACAGCUAAUAUUCUAAUAGUAAAUUUCUCUCUUUGGUGGGGAAAUGUGCUGAGGGACAGUAUCCCUUGCUCCAUUUUUAGGUUGUCCAUUUGGAAUGUUUUGUCACAAUUCUUCACUCUUAGAACUUUCAUAUAUAAGUAAUAAUGUAAAAACGGAGCUGCCAGUUUCGUUUCUCUUGCAAAAACAGUAAAAACUUGAUGUUGCAGUAUUCCCAGAUUUAAUGAAAGAACCCAGCUUAAUUUUUCAGUGAAUUUAACAUCUUUCUAUUUUUAAACUGAUGAAAUUUUUCUUUGACAACUUGCAAGGGUGAAAUCAACUGUUGGCAGUUUUUUAAGCCUAAUUUUGGCUUUAUAAGAGAUUGCUUUAUCAGAUCCUUUAAAAGUCACUCUUGUGUGCAUUUCCCCCAAUUGACACAUGAAAGCUGUGUUGGUGUUUUACUGUACAUACUUCAGAUGCACAUAGGAAUAGAAGUGUGUUAUAAAUCUAGCUUUCUUUAUGAUGUUUCUGAUAAUAUGAGAAUUGAAAACUUUACCUUCUCUUGUACAUAGUCAGACUUUCUAUACGUAUUAAACUUACAUUUCAUUCUAAGUUCAAAAGUUUGAAAAUUAUUAGUUUUGCAAGCUCAAACACUAAUGUGACCAUUUUAUGAAGGGUGAAAUGGAUUUGUGUAGGCUGUUCUAUACGUAGAAACACAGUUAUUAUUACAUAUUCAGGACCAAUGCAAAAAUAACAAAAAUGUAAUGGAAUCAGAGUGAAUUAAAGUAAGGCUGUAUACUGAAAGUCAUAUUAUAAAAGGUUUGCUUUCUUCAAGUGUUACUUAUCCUAAAUUAUAAUGGUUAAGUGUUUGGAAAAUAGUUUUGAACCAUAAAUUCAGCAUAAUUUCAUUUGACUUCUCAAUAAUCUUAGAAGCAAUAAAAGAACCAUUAUUAAAUAUAUUGUAAUGUUAAGAUGUGGAGGUUCUUCCAACAACUUGUAAGGCUUUCCUAAUCAAUAGUAAACUCUUGUAGUUGAUUUUAUUGCAUACUAAACACAAGUUGCUGUUUUUUUCCCCUAUAUGUUUGCUUAAGUAUAAAUUUCUUUAUACAAUCAC